AUGGUGCUGAAUAAGUGGGCCGUCGUGACAAAAAGCGCCCCGCCCGCUGCAGGUUUGCGGCCACUGGCGCGCACCGUCUCGCCAAACCCGAAGCUGCGCCCGCCAGACUACAAAGUUCCCUACGUGCUUCGCACCUUCAUCAAGGACCGACAUUUGAGUGAGAUGCAGCACGUCGAGAACCGAGGCAUGUACCGCGAGGAGCUCGCGAUCGAGCGGUCACGCUUCCCGCGCAUGCAUAAGACACUGACGAUUCAGACGGAUGGUUCGCUGAACGAGCGCGAGUUUGAGUUUGCGGUGCCGCCGGUGGUUAUGCUCUUUCAGGAUCGCCUCUCUGCACAUCGGCAGCGGCAGGUUGCUCUCGCCAAAAUUGGCAAGCUGAAGCGCGCCAAAAGCUGGGAGACAGCACUUCACGGCAACGAGUCCCUGAACCCGGUCUGCAACGCGCUCGUGUUUCCCUAUUGUGUACCCAAGAAGAUGCUGGUGCGGCCGCGCAUCGUAGACCCGCUAAGCGCCAAGAGUAUGGCCGAUAACCGCAGAAGUCGUGACGACUCAUCGUGA